UUCUUGCUCUUGUCAGAGUGAGAAGGGAGUUGCUGCUCCUUUCCUGGGGUAAGCUAUUUGAGAAAGAAAGUAACCUAACACUAAGUGCAGGCGGGGCGGGGUGAUGUAACAGGAAGCUGUGAUGUUUCCCUUCUGCUGCUGAUCGCUUACAAUCUGACAACACUCCCCAUCUACUCAGAACAAGCCCUCUCUUCGCAGCGUGCACUUCUGCCUUAGGACCGGCGGGCUCUGUUGCCUGGACCUCACGCUGCCUGCAGGACCACAUUGCAAAGCUUUCCACACCUCGCCUCCGGGAAACUCUUGUGCAGUAUCUCAGAAAAUCAAACUCCCUCCUGAGACUAUUCCCACAGAAUUUCCUUAGGAGCUGUGCCAGGUCAUGACCCUUGUAAUUAAGAAAUUCUUGAAGACAAUAUUCAGGAGAAAAUGUGAUUUGAGUCUGGAGACAAUUGUGUAUGUAUACUUUUCUUAAGAUAUUAAAAAACAAAUCCAAGGUCACAGGUUGCUUAUUGAUAGAAGAGAAACAAUACGGAUAGAAGAGAAAUCAGAAAAUUGCUUAUGAUUGACAAGAACAGCUGCAGCAGCUACCUAGCUUGAACAUACAGCACAUUUCAUUUGGACUCUAAUAAUGGAUAAAAAGCAUAUACUAUGUUUUCUGGUUCUCUUGCCUCUUAAUAUGGCUCUCAUCUCAGCAGAGUCGGAAGAAGGCGUGAACCAAACAGACUUGGGAGUCACUAGAAACAAGAUCAUGACGGCUCAAUAUGAAUGUUACCAGAAGAUCAUGCAGGACCCCAUUCAACAAGCAGAAGGCCUUUACUGCAAUAGGACCUGGGACGGAUGGCUAUGCUGGAAUGACGUUGCAGCAGGGACGGAAUCAAUGCAGUACUGCCCUGACUAUUUUCAGGAUUUUGAUCCUUCAGAGAAGGUUACAAAGAUCUGUGACCAAGAUGGACACUGGUUUCGGCAUCCGGAUAGUAAUAGAACAUGGACCAACUACACCCUGUGUAAUAACAGCACGCAUGAGAAAGUGAAGACAGCCCUGAAUCUGUUCUACCUAACUAUAAUUGGACAUGGAUUAUCUAUUGCAUCUCUGAUCAUCUCUCUCAUCAUAUUUUUUUACUUCAAGAGCCUAAGUUGCCAACGGAUCACAUUGCAUAAAAACCUGUUCUUUUCAUUUAUUUGUAAUUCGAUUGUAACAAUCAUCCACCUCACGGCAGUGGCCAAUAACCAGGCCUUAGUGGCCACAAAUCCUGUGAGCUGCAAAGUGUCUCAGUUUAUCCAUCUCUACCUGAUGGGCUGUAACUACUUCUGGAUGCUCUGUGAAGGCGUUUACCUGCACACACUCAUCGUGGUGGCUGUGUUUGCGGAGAAGCAGCACUUGAUGUGGUAUUAUUUUCUCGGCUGGGGGUUUCCUCUGCUUCCUGCCUGCAUCCACGCCAUUGCCAGAAGCUUGUAUUACAACGACAAUUGCUGGAUCAGCUCAGACACUCAUCUCCUCUACAUUAUCCAUGGUCCGAUUUGUGCUGCUUUGUUGGUAAAUCUCUUUUUCCUAUUAAAUAUUGUACGUGUUCUCAUCACCAAGUUGAAAGUUACACACCAAGUGGAAUCCAAUCUCUACAUGAAAGCCGUAAGAGCUACUCUCAUCUUGGUACCACUACUUGGCAUUGAAUUUGUGCUUUUUCCGUGGCGGCCUGAAGGAAAGGUUGCAGAGGAGGUGUAUGACUAUGUCAUGCACAUUUUGAUGCACUUUCAGGGUCUUUUGGUGGCUACUAUUUUCUGCUUCUUUAAUGGAGAGGUUCAAGCAAUUCUGAGAAGAAAUUGGAACCAGUAUAAAAUCCAAUUUGGAAAUGGCUUUUCCCACUCUGAUGCUCUCCGCAGUGCAUCCUACACAGUGUCAACAAUCAGUGACAUGCAAGGGUACAGCCAUGACUGCCCCACUGAACACUUAAAUGGAAAAAGCAUCCAGGAUAUUGAAAAUGUUGCCUUAAAAUCAGAAAAUAUGUAUGAUCUAGUGAUGUGAAAAUAUAUAAAAUCACACACUUGAACCUAUGAUUUUAUAGCCAAAAGAUUGGAUAGCCAGCAAAUGGAUUUCUGGAAUACCAUGAAGAAAGCCCUCAAAUGAAAUGGGAAUUGUAUGGAUAAAUGUUUAACAACCCUCUCUCUAUGGGGGAGAAAAGCCUCAAUUUAUAUUGUUGGCCAGUAACUACUCCUACCAUAACUGAUUUCAAGUUACCAACCUGACAUCACUGAAUGUGUAAUUGGAAAGAAAAUAAGCACAAACAACUCCCAGGAGCUGACAUGUUCUGGAACCUGCACAGCACUGCAUGCCCUCAGAGAUGGAAGUCUGUGCACACUCUCACCCACACUGACCAGAACUCUGCUCUUCUCAUCUGAGGAGACCUCACUCGGACUUACAGACAUGAAAGGAAAGUUUGGUUUUUGUUAUAAAACUCCUCAUCCUUUUGUCAUUUGGUGAUAGUGAAUGGUUUGUCCAGAAACACUUUAACCCUCUUUAUAACUUCUCUUGUAGACUAGACAAAGAGUUCAUUAUCUCUGUGGUCUCAUGUUACUUUCUUUAAGAAAAGCAACUGAGCAGAAUUCCCAUGGGCUUCUUAGUUGCUGCUACAUAUUGUUGUAUCCUGUGGUAUAUGCACUCUGAAUCACUAGGGAGACAUAUUGGUAGAAGCUACACCUUGUCAGCUCUCUCUCUCUCUCUCUCUCUCUCUCUCUCUCUCUCUCUCGGCAAGAAUAGGAGGAAAUCAGUUUUCUGGAAUCUGUAAAUAGAAACUUUGGCCUUUCCAUUUCUACUGUGUAGAUAAGUAAGUGAUCAACCAUUUUACAUGAAGGGAAUCAAUGAAGGAUUUCUUUUUAUCUUGGGAAUCUGAGAGAGAGAGAGAGAGAGAGAGAGAGAGAAAGAGAGAGAGAGAGAGAGAGAGAGAGAGAGAGGUUGUACAAAUGAAACUGUAAGUACUCUGUAAUUUUAUUUUAUUGUUUCAAUUCAAAACACAACCUAGGUAACUUUUAAAGCAGAUAGAUGAUGCAACAUUAUAUGCAACUUAGUAUCUGAUACUGUGUCUGGGCUGAUUUAUUUUAUAGUAAAAUAGAAUCAUGAAUUCUAUACUUGGUAAAUAUUUUAAGGACAAACAGAUACCAGCAUCAGAAGUUUGAGAACUAAAAACAAACCCCAGAAAUAUCAAUGAUAAGAUAUGAAAUAUUUAUUUAAAAAUGUAAAGCCAUAAUUUUACAAGCAUGAUAUAUUUGGUGUGCUGACAUACUGCUUCCAAUAUGACAUAUUCCAAUUUGAUGACAACUCAUUCAAAUUCAGAAAUUAUGAACAACUACUGUAAGAAGUGCUAGUCUGCUACAUUUGUGGGCUUUAAUUCACUAAAUUAUAGCUUUACUGAUUUUUACUAAAUGAAGAUACAUGCUUUUGAAAAAGACCCAGGUUAUUAUUUUUUUAUGAACCACAGAGGAAUUUUCUCUAUGUAAUAACACUGUUUCAGUAUUUCAGUAGACUACUGUGGAUGAUAAUACAAGCCACGGGAAGACUUGAACUUACCACUCAUUGAGGAUGAAGUGUCAGAUAUUUAAGUAAUAAUUAAAUUAAGACAGAAGAAGAUUUUGCUUGUGAGUUUAAGUGACAUUUUAAAUGGAUUUAGUUUUUCCAAUAUUGCUUGGUUUGGAGUUUCUGAAGAACAAGAUUGACUUCAGUUAGUAAAAGUCACUCUGGGGACAGUUACAUGAGUCCAUGUUUUUUAAAGUGUGUCUGUCAGUUUACAGUGGAUGAGAGGAGUGACUCAGCCCUCACUCAUUGUCUUAAGCUAUAGAAGAGAAUAAAUUAAAAAGUUGUUUGAAACUGUCAAGGAAAAGAAUUCAAAUUAUCAAGCACUGAUGUAUUACAUGAUCUGACAGACAUAUUUGUAAUUUUCUUUUUUUUUUUUCUUUCUUUUUUUUUUAUAUUUGUAAUUUUCUGAACUUUCAGCUGCUUAAACCGUACAAACCUUCCUUUUAAUACCUUCAGACUUUAGGUAUUGAUUAUUCAUAUCUUCGCUGACAGUGUUCGUGUAAUUCUGCAUUCUUCUAAACAAACUGUCAAGUAUUAACAAUAAAUGGUAGUACAGAAUGCCGAAUUACCAGAGAACAUACUUAAAAGGUAUUGUAAUUUUAAGUUUUAUUAUUUUUUUACUAUACCGAGUGUAGCUGAGAUUUUUUUACUGCCAAUAUCUACUGUGGUGUCAUUCUCAGCCAUAGCAGUCUAAGAUUAGUCAGUAUUAGUUUUGUAAUAGUAUUUUUGAAGCUGGAUUUCUCUAAAGCUGAAGUGCCAAUUAAAAUAUUUCUAUAAUGCUUGUAGAAAAAAAAUCCAAAAAUUUUGAAAGAAAACUUCUCUGGUGCCUAAAAAUUAACUUGGGGAGUUUUUAGCUUUUAAAAGUUGCAUCUAUUAUUUUUCUCUAAUACUUUGUUAGAGUCAUGGCUGACACUUUUAGAAGCGACUUUGUAUUUUUUUGUUGAUAAACCAGCCUUCCUGGAGGUUAGUGUUUUUUCAAAUAUAACAAACUGUGUAGGGUUUAGGAGUAGUCAGUGUUAUACUUACUGUUUAGAUAUUUUAAUGUGAAUCUAUUUUAAUUUCCUUUGUGUUUUAAUUUGCUCAUAGAAACAUUAUAUGUAAAACAUACUCAAGUUCACUUAAAAGAACUCAUAUUUUAUCGACAUAAAAUCUCUACUUAGGUUUUAUGAGAAUAUUAAAGUUGUAAGUUAUCACUCACUUUCACGCAUCCUCCCUGGACUAUAGAGCAAUUGAAUUCCUCACAAAAUUCUUGCAGCAAAUAAAGAAAUACUUUGCAAAAUAAA